GAUCAAAACCAACCCGGCCGAUCCCAUUGACACCACCUGGGGUAGCGAAUAGCGGACCCUGGUAACCGCCACACCAUCAAUGGAGAGAGAUGCUCGGCUGUUCCGCUGCAUUUCUCCAUGCCACUAGAAGUAUAAAAUAAGUAGAAUCGACUCUUACGGGUGUUAGCGGUUUCCUUUCUCUUUUCCAUAUAUCGUCACUGUCACUGCCGGAAUUUCCGGCUUCGUAUUUCCGAGAAGAGAGCCAUGGCUGCUCCAGACGAAAGAGCUUCCACUAAGAAAUGGCUGCCUCUCGAAGCCAACCCUGAUAUCAUGAACCAGUUUCUGUGUGGCCUAGGUCUGCCAGUGGAUGAAGCAGAGUUCUAUGAUGUGUAUGGUUUGGAUGAUGAACUCUUGGAAAUGGUUCCCAAGCCUGUGCUUGCUGUCCUUUUUCUUUAUCCCCUUACAGCUGAGACUGAAGCAGAGAGAUUGUCAGAGAAAGAGAGUUUGAAGAAGGAACCAAGUGAAAAAGUCUAUUUCUUGAAACAAACCGUGGGUAAUGCUUGUGGAACUAUUGGACUUCUUCAUGCUAUAGGAAAUGUCUCUUCUGAGAUUAAGCUUUGUGAGGAUUCGUACCUUGAUAGAUUCUUCAAAUCAACUGCUCACAUGGAUCCAAUGGAGCGUGCUUUAUUUCUUGAGAAAGACACGGAAAUGGAGGAUGCACAUUUAGUAGCAGCUAGUGCUGGUGAUACUGAGGCUCCAGAUAUCAAUACAAGUGUGGACACUCAUUUUAUUUGCUUCUCAUGUGUGAAUGGGGAACUUUAUGAGCUCGAUGGAAGAAAAUCGCAAGCAAUAUCACAUGGUCCUUCUUCACCCAGCAGCUUGUUGCAGGAUGCGGCAAAAGUCAUAAGAGGAAUGAUCCAGAAGAACCCCAAUUCCAUAAAUUUCAAUGUUAUUGCACUCUCGAGGAAAAGUGCUGGAGCAUUGUAAAUCUGUGUUUCCUAGCAUCCACACACCAUUAUAUGUUGUCCUUGAUUUUAUUUUUAUUUUUUUGUUCUCUUUGAUUUUAUUUUAUUUUUACUGCCUAAUUAGUCAGCUACUG